UGAAACAUCACUCUUGCAGUAUAGCAGCGUGUGUUGAUUUUGUGCGUUGAUAAUUCUGUUUAUUUUACUGUAGUGAAAAUGUUUAAUUGCCCUUCGUGUAAAAAAUGUGUUGCAGUGAAGUCCAUAAAGGAUAUUAAGAUUCAUUUAGGCCAUCAUAAGCAGUAUGGAGAACUAGACUUUCCCAUUCGUUGUUGUGAACCAUAUUGCCAAGCUACAUGCGACUACAUUUACAAUUACGGUAGGCACUUCGAAAAAUUCCAUUCCUUUAAUACAGAGGGUGGGGACGUUGUUAUGUCUGAAAGUGAAGAAAUUGAUGACCUUGGUUUGCACGAAAACGAAAUCAUAGACAAUAGACCUAAUAAACGCCCCUCAUUGAAAGACAAAAUGGUUGCAACAAGAAUGGCCUUGCAGGGAGCGGUAACAAACAUGGUGAUAGAUUUAAGAGGGAGAGGAAAUGUCCCAUUCAAUGUAACAAUUGACGUAGUAGAAUAUUUCAAAGAUGUCUUUGAAAUAAUUGUAGAUAACUUUAGUGAGGCGCUGAAAACCGAGUUCGAUUCAUUUGAUCUUGAAAAUGUUAAAGCAAAAGUGAUGGAUAUUAGUCUUGAAUUUAAAGGUUUGCAAAGCGUAUUUGAUGGCUUUGCAUUUGAAUAUCGCAUUCGCAAAUUAUAUGAGAAUCAUCCUCGAUUUGUUUCACCUGAACCCAUUGUCAUCGGACAUUAUCAUGCCAUUGAACGUGUUGUAGUUGACGGCAAAUUAAAUCACGUUAUUGUAGAAAAACCUUGCAUUGCACAAUACGUUUCAAUUAAAAAAACUUUUUUGUCUUUGAUAAAGGAUCCACUUUAUUUAAAAUGUCUGCUACAAUGCUAUCAAGGACAAGAAGGUGUUUAUUCUUGCUUUCGAAGUGGUUCAAGGUUUACGGAGUUAAGCAUUAAUGAUUCAGGGCGAAUUGUUUCAUAUAUUCAAAUAUUUUACGAUGGCCUUGGAAUCACCAAUCCGCUUAAGGCAGGAGCGUCUAAACACAAUAGCGGCAUGUUUUAUUUCACAAAUCUCUCUUUACCUCCGAGCCACAAUGCUACGUUAGCUAAUAUUCAUCUACUAGCAAUGUGUCACUCAAAUGACAUAAAAAAUAAAAAUUCAUUAAAUCAGUUGUUAAGUAAAAUAGUUUCAGAGCUUAAAGAUUUAAACAAAAAUGGAAUUGAAAUUGAAAGUUCCGACGGGCAGAAAAAAACUUUAUAUGUAAAAUUAGGACAAUUUACAGCGGAUAAUUUGGGUAUGAACCAGAUUUGUGGCCUAGUAGAGAGUUUUCUGGUGAUUAUUUUUGUAUACUCUGCUAUGCGACUCGUGAAGAAAUGCAUAGGCAUCAUAAAGAAGAUAAAUUUAUUUUACGUUGUCCAAUUCAGUAUGAGUGUGACAUUUCAAGGUUAG